AUGAACAUGAAACAAACGUGGACGUGUAUUGUUAUUCUGCUGUUUUUCAGCGAGCAGAGCCAGUGCAGAGCCUGCGACUGGAUCAUCAGCCAAUACAAAGUGAAAAACGCCUACUGUCUUUUACUUCUGAAGGAAAUGGGUGAAAAGGUAUCACCACUGAAUGAGCCAUUUCCACACCUGGCAUACAGAGCUGCUGAAAAGGAACAGGUAGCAGACCAGGUGAGGUUCCUGGCUGUGGCUACAGAGCAGAUUGCUAAUCUCUUCAGUGCUAUAUCUUAUCAAAAUGAACUUAAAUGGGAUACCAAGGUCCUUGAUGACUUCCUAAGUAUACUGUAUACCCGGCAACUGAACGAGCUGAAUAAUUGUAGUGCAGCACAUGCAGAGAGAUCAUCACACUCAUCCAGUGAGAGAAGACUGAGGCGACACUUUAAGAAAUUGAAAAAGAUUCUUCAAAAAACUAACUACAGCUCUGACGCUUUGGAGAAGAUCAGGGCAGUAGUGGAGAUUCACCUUCGGAGAAUGGACAUAAUUGCUGGCAAUAUGAAAAAGAAGUUAAACUAA